AUGGCGGUGGACCGCCCAUCUCCUUCGACGGAUAACAAUUUCAAGAAUCCUAAAUCAGCUCGCGAACGGUCAUUUGCAUCCGACCAAGAAUCAAUUGAUCAGCAAUUGAAACGCCUGAAGGACGAAGUUCUCCCAUUCUACCCUUUCCUUCUUACCAUUCCGACUGACGUGCCUUUUCGCCUCGGAAAUCAUUUUAUCAACAACUGGGCUGUGGGCGACGACGGACCAUUCACCUUGGAGGAACAACAACUUCAGUAUAUGACUUUUUUGACGCACCACGAAGGGGAUUCUCUGUUGGUUGCUGUUGGCGAUUGGUCAGAUGGGACAGGGAGCAUUAUGCCGGAUCAGCGCUCGAGACCUCAGAGCGCCGCAAGCACGCCGUCAAGUGGGCCAGCUAAGAAAAAAAUUAGUCUAACGGACUAUAAGAAUAAAUGGAAGAGUGGUUCGUCAGCUCCUCCCGUCACCCAAGAGGCCAUAAGCCAAAGCGCAUCAACGUCUCAUGCACUUGGCGACAAGCCACGAGCCUCCAAACCUGACCCUCCGCGGCAAAGCACGUAUAAACCUCCGAACAGUACUACGACACUAUCCAAGUCCUCAUCUCGACCUGCCUUCGAAAAUACAAGCCGCAAACGCCCACCCGAUUUUGAACGGGAGCAUUCCAAAUCCAACGACGGGAGACCUUCAGGCAUAUGCUCCCCCAAGAAGCCUCGACUGUCUCCCGAUCGGUCACUAGAUGACAGGCCAAAUCGUUCAAAGUCUAAUGGACUUCCUGAUCUUUUAUCGCCGACCCUCCCGCCUACCUCAGACAACCCAGGCUUACCUCAACUAUUGUCGCCUACCCUUCCGCCCAGCAUUGAAAAAGAGCUCGCCAGCAUCCAUGAUGAAUCUCUGGCUCACGGUGCAUCCCAGAAAGGGUCCCCUCCAAACUCUGAUAAAUUGACGGAGGAUGCAGCGAGAGUGUCAUCCAACCUCAAUGUGCUGCCUUUGGAUUCUGCGCGGAGUCCAAGUCUCCGGAGGGUACAAAGCAAAUCGCCCGCUGCAGCCCCGAUCAAACGACAACUUAUCGUUAAACUCAGAUAUGGGAGGGCGAAUAAAAAACGCGUCGAGGCCCUUCUUAAGUUCUCUGGGAAAAACAAGACAGCUGCAUCGUGUUCACCUAUCAAGAAAGAAGACCAUAAUAUUUCAAAGGUCCCGCUAUCUGACGAAGUCGCAGUGAUGUCCCAUCGGCCAGAGAAAAAGGCAAAACAUGUACCCAGCGAUUCUGUUCUAGAAAAGCCACAAACUCCAAUGUCUAUACCUCGACAACAGGGGAAGCAUAAAGCCACGUCCAUAAAAGAACCCAAAAUCACCUCUUCCCGCCAGAUGGAAAGUACAAACAGUGAAGCGAAGACACCACUUACUCAGGGCGCCAAAUAUCCUGCAGGGGAUUCAACCGCGAGAUUGUCAUCGCCGCAAACAAAUAACCAACCAAGCCGCUCACGCAGCUACGAGCGCCGCGCCUGGAAAGAAGAAUAUCAGAAAUAUGGGAACCUUGGCCGAGAACUAAAGCAUGCCGUUGAGCGACAUACGGCUAAGGAUAGUGCGACUGCCGCUGACAAAAAAGUCGCAGCCGCUACGGCACUUGAGGCCAUUCUAUGCUUCAUACUGGCAUUUGUGGCGGAUGAUCAAUCUAAGGCGUUGGCACGUCAGAUCGGUGACUCAUCAGCAUGGGUAUCUAUUCUUGCAUAUUGGAACGUGGUAAAGAAGAUCAGUGCCCCUUACCCACAGCUACAUAGCCUUUGCUCAAUACUCGGUGCUGUGUCUUAUGAUGCCAUCCAUGCUCUCGAUCUGGACCGACUUGCAGUCAGCCCGCUCCCGGGAGAACAUACACCUUCUCCCUCCGAAGAAAACAAGAAAAACUUGAAAGAGCUUCUCGAGCUGAAAACUCGGCUCCCAAAGAAUCAUAAGGAGUCUCGAAGAUUGUGGGCUGAAGGCAUGGGAGGGCUCUCCGAAGAUGUCCUCGAGCGAGAAUUCCCUGGAACUUGGCAAAACCGCUCCAGGAGAUACUCUGAGCGAGGGAAGCAACCACUUACACCUGGUGACUAUUCCGGGGGUUUUUUCUUGCCGCUCGGUAGAACAGACACACCUCUACAGAUUGUGCGAUUUGGUUGGUCUAUCUUGAACGAGUGGUGUGCAAAGGAAGGUUUACAUUGGCGCGGUCGACUUGAUCUUUGA